AUCUUCUAAUCUCAUCCAAAAUUUUCAAUCACUAAUUUUUUUUUCCAACCAAAUGGGUAUCCCACACUUUCUUGUCAUUCCAUACCCAAUCCAAGGUCAUCUAAAUCCUCUUAUGCAAUUAUCUCAUCUUUUAUCCAAACAUGGUUGCAAGAUUACUUUCCUCAACACAGAGUAUAGCCACAAAAAAACCAACAAAAAUGAACAAAAUCAACAAACAAUAAACUUUGUCACACUUCCAGAUGGUUUGGAACCUGAAGAUGAUAGAAGUGAUCAUAAAAAAGCUAUUUUUUCAAUUAUAAAAACCAUGCCAUCUUUACUCCCUAAGCUAAUAGAAGAUGUCAAUAAUUUGGAUGUUGAGAAUAAGAUAUCUUGUAUUGUUGUUACUUUCAAUAUGGGAUGGGCUUUGGAAGUUGGACACAAACUUGGAAUUAAGGGUGUUCUUCUUUGGACUGCUUCAGCCAUUACUUUGGCAUAUUGUUACAGCAUCCCUAAACUCAUUGAUGAUGGAAUUAUUGAUUCAGCAGGAAUUCCAACCAAAGAACAAGAAAUUCAACUGUCUCCAAAUAUGCCUAAGAUAGACACUGCAAACUUUCCAUGGCGAGCUCAUGACCAGAUCCUAUUUGAUCAUAUUUUACAGGAGACACAAACCAUGAAGUUAGGACAUUGGUGGCUUUGUAACACAACUUAUAAUCUUGAGCAUGCAACAUUUUCCAUAUCACCAAAGUUCCUACCAAUUGGCCCAUUGAUGUCAAAUGAUCAUAGUAACAAAAGUUCAUUUUGGCAAGAAGACACAACAUGUUUAGAUUGGCUAGAUCAACAUCCACCUCAAUCGGUUAUAUAUGUUUCUUUUGGUAGUUUGGCAGUAAUGGAUCAAAACCAAUUUAAAGAACUCGCUUUAGGACUCGAUCUUCUUAACAAGCCAUUUCUUUGGAUUGUUCGUCCGAGUAACGAUAACAAGGUAAACUAUGCAUACCCUGAAGAAUUCCACGGAACUAAAGGCAAGAUUGUUGGUUGGGCGCCGCAGGAAAAGAUAUUGAACCACCCGUCUAUAGCUUGUUUCAUAAGUCACUGCGGUUGGAAUUCUACUAUUGAAGGUUUAUAUGGCGGUGUACCUUUCUUAUGUUGGCCGUUUGCCGGUGAUCAAUUUGUUAACAAGUCAUAUAUUUGUGAUGUGUGGAAGGUUGGGCUUGAAUUAGACAAGGAUGAAAAUGGGUUAAUAACAAAGGGAGAGUUAAGGAAGAAGGUGGAUCAGUUACUUGGAGAUGAAGAAAUUAAAGAAAGAUCAUUGAAACUAAAGGAAUUGACCUUGGAAAAUAUAGUAGAAGGUGGUCAAUCUUCAAAUAAUCUAAAAAACUUCAUCAAUUGGGCAAAGUAAUAAUGGUUUAGUCAUAGUUUGGUAGUUGAAUCUAUAAAAUCAAUGAAAAACUAGUGACUUGAAACUUUCUUUUGUGUUAACCUUUUAGUUUACAUUGGAAGAGAUUAAUCUGAU